GGACCCGCCGCCGGCCCUCGUCGACCGGUCAACCUCGACUCGGCACUAGCCGCGCUGCGCAAAGAGAUGGUGGGGCUGCGGCAGCUGGAUAUGUCCCUGCUGUGCCAGCUGUGGGGCCUGUAUGAGUCAAUCCAGGACUACAAGCACCUGUGUCAAGACCUGAGUUUAUGCCAGGACCUGUCGUCCUCUCUGCACUCGGACAGCUCCUACCCACCCGACACCGGCCUAUCUGAUGAUGAUGAGCCUCCUGAUGCCAGCCUGCCCCCUGAUCCGCCACCCCUUACUGUGCCCCAGACACACAAUGCCCGUGACCAGUGGUUGCAGGAUGCCUUCCACAUCAGCCUCUGAAGAGUUGUGGGGUGGGUGGGCAUGCACCCAUGUAAAAGGCUCAGAAACUCACCCCUCAGCAAGUCCUCAGACUAGUGCCUGCUUUCCCAUACGGCCUCACCUCACAGGAGGGCAAGACCUGUGCCCCUCAGAGGCAAAACUGCCAACCCCCUCUCUGUCUUGGAUUAGCUGGCACUGGUGUGGACACCUAGGUUAUAGCCUCUGCCAGUGGCACUGGGCCUCCACUUCUCCCACAUGUGUGCACCCCCAGCUUGGCCAACCCUCAGUAUGGCGGUGGGGCCUCCCCGGGAUCGGGAUGAGUGCCUGGCUCCUAUCUCCUUUUCACCUUUUGCUGCUCAAUGCAGCUGCUGGCUCAGGGGCUCAUCUCUGGUCCCUGGGUUUCACCGCCCCGGACCAAGGCUCCAGGACCCGAAUCUAAAUCCACCCACGGCCAGGAUGGCCAAGGCCCCAUGCUGGAUAUUUAAGUUUAGGGGCCAGCCCCCUGGGUGCGUAGAUAAAUAAAUGCUCUCUCAGCG